AUGAUUCAUUUAUUCUAAGCUAUAUUUAUUUUUCUCAGCUCUGUUAAUUGUCAGACAAAGUUAAAUUUACAUGGACCACUACCAUUACAUAUGGAUUGCCAAAACAUAGCCGAGAGUAAAUGUUUAAAGCGUUAUUAAAAGCUGAUAAUGGAUUCAUUGGAUUAUAAUACUUUUAUGACUAGCUUUCCUAAUAAGGAAAAAAUUUGAAUUUAGAUAAAAUAACAUUUAGUUUUUGGAUUAUGGUUAAUUCCAAGAUGAAAUUGGAUGGAAGAUAAAUAAUAUUUGCAUUCGUUGAUGGCUACUCAUAAAAUCCAGUAAGAAAUCUUUGUAUUUAGUAUAUGAACUUGAUGUUAUAUUAUUAAUUAGAAUAUGGAGAUUAUUAUAUGUAUUUGGUAAAUUCAAGAUUUGUACCUGAAAUUUUAAAGUUAAAAAUUGAUUAGUAUUAAUAAUAUUUAAUAAUAGAGUAAAUGAUCUUUACAUUGGCUUUUGGAAUCAUAUAUUAUUGUCAAUUGAUUAAAGUAAUUAGAAUGCAUUUCUUAAUCUUAAGUUUUUCUCAACCUAUAAUUAUUAAUUAUCAUAAAAACUUGAAACAUUGGUCUCUUAGAAGUAAAAUUAAGUUAUAUAAUAGGUUAAUAUAUCGAUUUGGAUUUCAUUCAAGAAUAACCAACGAACAACUAUACGAUAUGGUUUCUGAUUAUAAAGCUUGUGUUGAUAUUGCAAAUUUUGAUUUUAUAAAUGGAUGGACUACUAUGGAUUCAGAAGUCUAUGUUGAUUAUGAUGUAGAAUUAAAAUUCUUUUUAAAACCUUUUUAAAUUAAGAACCUAAAUGUAGAUAGUUAAUUUUAAGAUAUUAAAUUACGAGUUAGUUAAAAUUAAGCAUCCUAUAGUGGAACAAUUGGCUUAUUACUCUAUAGAGAUAAAUAAAUUGUAUAUACAUUUGAGGAACAGAUGAGCUCUUUUACUAUUAUGUUUUGGGUGAAACAAAAUAAUAUAAAUAAGUCUUUCUAAUUCUUAUCAUUCACUGAUGAUAUGAUUUAAGAAACUAUUAUAGGUUUUGGAGUUAAUAAAUAAUCUAAACUCGUAUUCUAUUAAUAUUAUACAGAAUAAAAUUAAUUGGGUACCUUGACUUCAUCUAACUGGAACCAUAUAACAAUUGGAUUAUUAGACUUAAGUAUAAAUGAAGACUUUAUUCCAUAAAAUUUAAAAAAGAUAAUGAGAACUUUUAUUGGUGCUACAUAAUCUUCUUUGAUUAUGGUUUAAAAUAUCAAAACUUAUAAAAGAUUAGUAAUUGGGCCUGUUUUUAAAGAUUCUCGUGGAUCUGAUUUUUUAGAUAUUUAAGAUAUAAGGAUUUUUAAGGGAUAUGGAAUUCUAUAAUCUUAAGAUGAUUGCUAGCUAUUUGUUGGACCUUACUGUGCUUUUUGUAAAUCAGGAACUCAUUAUUGUAAAGAGCAAGAUCCUAAUGAUGAUAACUAGAUUUAUAAUUGUCCUGCAGGAUACAAAGAAGAAUCUAAUACAUGUGUAUAAAUAGCUAUUGCUAAUUGUUUAAGAUAAUAAGAUAACUAUUGUUAAAUAUGUGCAAUCAAUUAUUAAUUAGAUAAUAUUACUGGAAGAUGCAAUUUUAUGAACACUUCACCUAAAUCUCCAUUUAAUUGUUAAGAUUCAUGGGCAAUAUUUUGUUAAAAAACAAUUUUAUAAACAAUGACAGUAACAUAGAAAUAAGAGAUAAGUAAAUUAUGUAAAUAGAACGUAUAUACGUAUCAUUCUUCUUCUUUUACUUGUUCUGCUUAAAUAAUAAAUUAAUGCAAUCAAGCUUAAUAUCUAUCUUAAUGUUAUAAAUGUAAUAGUAAUUAUGCUUUAACUGAAUCAAAAACAUGUCGAUCGCAAUGUAAUAGUAACUCUAGAUUUAAUAAUAAUUAAAUUUGCUAGAAAAAAUGCGAUUCUAAAUAUAUUUUUACUUACAAUUGCACAAGUUAUAGUUCUUAUAUCUCUUAUUAUUGCAAUCCUAAUAAUUAUUGUUAAGAUGGUGA